AUGCUCACCAGUCUGAUCAUCACCAACACUGAAUUGAUGGAAAAAAGGAACAAAGUGACCGAAUUCAUUCUCUUGGGACUUACCCGGAAUCCAGAAUUGCAGAAACAUUUAUUUGUUUUGUUUCUAAUCAUUUACCUGGUAACUCUUUUGGGAAACCUGCUUGUGGUUAUAACCAUCAAGGCCAGUCAGAAUCUCAGCUCCUCUAUGUACUACUUCCUCUGGUACUUAUCUUUCAUAGGUGCUUUCUACUCCUCUUUCACUACUCCCAAAAUGAUUGUAGACAGCCUGUCUGCUAGAAAAGUCAUAUCCUAUGAUGGCUGUUUGGUCCAGCUCUUUCUAUCACACUUCUUUGGAAGGACUAGACUGUUCCUUCUCAUUGUGAUGGCCUUUGAUCAUUACAUGGCCAUCUGCAAACCCUUGCACUAUUUGAUCAUCAUGAACUGGCAGGUGUGUGUCCUACUGGUGGGGGUAGCCUGGGUAUUGGGCUUCUUUCAUUCAAUAAUUCAGAUUCCCAUUCUAUUCCGGCUGCCCUUCUGUGAUCCCAAUGUCAUUGAUCCUUUUUUCUGUGACAUGUACCCUUUGUUGGAACUUGCCUGCACAAACACCUACGUCGUGGGCCUGUCGGUGGCUAUCAACGGUGGCCUGAUCUGCACUGUCUGUUUCCUCAUGUUGGUCGUCUCCUACAUGGUCAUCUUGAACUCCCUAAAAAGUUAUAGUUCAGAGGGAAGGUGCAAAGCCCUCUCCACCUGUGGCUCUCAUGUCAAGGUUGUCAUGCUGUUCUUUGUUCCCUGUAUCUUCACCUACAUGAGGCCUGCCUCCACCUUCCCCAUGGACAAAACAGUGGCCAUAUUCUAUGUUUUCAGUACUCCCAUGUUAUACCCCUAG